AUGUUCAGCAUCGGGCAAAACUCCAAGGUACUAGGCGCUGGCCACCUGGUCCUCAACAUCCUGCGGGCUCUGACUAUGAUCGGCCUGCUUAUCGUCAUGGCUGCGGUAUGGGCCAUGAUCGUCCUCUCUAUCUUGAAAGGGCAUUUCGACUUUUUCGACACCAUCAGCCACGUCUUCAUUUUCUUCACCUCGAUCUUUCUCUUCGUUUCGGAACUCAAUUUGCGCAUCUUUCGGGGCUGGUUUGAGCGUAACUGGCCAGUGUUGUCACAAUACCACUCUCUGGCUUGGCUGGGGAUUGCCCAAAUCGUGAUCGGCUGCGCAGUGCUAGGUGACCUGGUGAAGCCUGGCUAUAGUCAAGAGACUAUUGGGCUCGCGUUCUGGCGUGCCAUUGUGGCCGCGGGCAUCCUCUCACUCACAUUCGGCUGGUUCAACAUCUUCGCAUCAAUCAUCUUCCGCAUUCCUGAGAGUAACAUCACGGCUCGCAUGAUCCGUAGCGAGGGAAGCCUUGCACCACAACGUGCGGCGAAUAAGACUAUCGAAGAUGUCCUUCCCCACGAGUAUCCGCCUUCAUUGUCGCACCGCGAUCACUUCUUCCCGCCGCCGCCGACAUACUUCAAGCAGCCCAACGAGGAACCCUCUCGUGUAAAGCGGCUCACACAGGUGCUGAACCCCAAGAACUUCCGCAAGUCGCGUAUCCAAAUCAGCAAACCUAUUCCUCAGGAAACAUCGGGCUUUGAGCAGACUCAGCAAACAGCCUCCAGCCCCAAGAAUCAGUUCAGCCCCAUCGCCCCUGAGAUCCAGCGGCCGCCAUCGACUUUGCAUCCCAUGUACACAGGUAGCAGUCGGUAUAGCGAGGCGCAUAUGUCCAGGUGGUGA